CAGGAAUUACCCAGUUGGUACUUGGACGGCUGUUUCAUAGCGCAGUUGUUCGCGUCGGCCAACUCAGCCAUCAACCCAAUCGUCACAUUUCGCAAAACAUUUGCACAUUUAUUGCCAAAACUGUUUGUUUCCAAGAAGAGUACCAAUCGAGUGGUUCCGCUGGAUGUGGCGGUCCUUCAGUACCAGUUAGACAUGGCUCGGCCAUCGCUGGCGACCGACAGCGCCGACAAACAUAUGAGACAAUUGAUGGCAAAUCUCGAUAAUGGAUUGCAAACUAAUACAACGAGUUUCACGAAACAAAUUAUGAUGAAUAGAGCGCCGGAAAUAUUUCUUAGGGAUGAGACUUGA